UACAUCCUGUCAAAUGUCAAUAUUUUAUGUAUAAGAAAGAGUAAAAAUCGUCGACAUAAUUUGUUGGUUAUAUUAUUCUCCAGGCGUAUAAUCAAUAAUAAUAUAUAAACCAGAUGCCUAAACAGAAGCUUUUUGAUGAUGAGUCCGAUGACGAGAUCGAAAUUAAAGUUGAGAAUGAAUACGCCAAGAAAUACAACGCGUGGCGCGAAAAGGAAGAAAGGCACAAGUUGGAACAAAAAUACGGUGAUAAAGUGCUUAGUUCAGAUGUGUCCGUAACAUCUGAUAGUGAAGAUGAGAGUGACGAGCCUCCAGAAAUAUCUGAAGAGACAGAAACACAGUUCCUGAAGACGCUUGCUCUAUUAAAAACUAAGGAUCCGAGGAUAUAUGAUCCAAACUUUAAGUUCUUCAAUGAUGAAGAAAAGAAACAAGAAAAAGAAACAAAGACCAAGAGUUUGACAUUUGAGGAUAGUGGUGACGAGGAUGAAGAUGAUGGUGAAAUCUUCACCAUUGAGAAGAAAGCACCAGAAAUAACCAGUACCGAUGCAGACAAAAAGAAACAGGAGAGAGCUGGUGACACAAGUAAAAUUGCAAAGGAGGGUACAUUAAAAGAUUACCUUAUUGGUAAGAAAGAGCACAUAGAGGAUGAAGUGGAAAAAGAUUUGGCGCCACUGAAGGCACUCUGGUCUGAUCCGAAGCUGAAUGAGGGAGAAGCAUUCCUCAGGGACUAUAUACUUAAUAAACGCUAUUUGGAGGAAGGUGAUGUUGGUGAAGCAGGAGACAAGGUCAGAGAUGAUGAUGAUCUUGAAGCGGACGAGCAAACUGUGGAAGAGCAAGGGAAAUUUGAGCGAGCAUACAACUUCCGUUUUGAAGAACCUGAUGAUGAAUAUUUGAAACGCUUCCCGCGUACAAUGAACUACAUUCGCCCGAAAGACGAUCGCCGUUCUCGUAAACGUGCGGAAGUGCGAGCGCGAAAGGAAGAGGAGAAAAAGCGCAAAAUGGAGGAGAUCGCGCGGUUGAAAGCCCUCAAACUGAAGGAGAUACAGGAGAAGAUUGCUAAGAUAAAGGAAGUUACUGGCAAUGAAGAUCUUGCAUUUGAGGAGGCAGACGUGGAAGGUGACUUCGAUCCAGCAGAGCAUGACAAACGGAUGCAGGCCAUAUUCAACGAGCAGUUCUAUGGAGAGGCUGAUGAGCACAAACCAGUGUUUCCAGACCUGGAUCAGGAGUUGGAGAUUGAAAAUUGGGAUAAUUACGAAGUGGAACAAGACCAAACUGGCCAGGACGGUAAUGAGGAUGGUCCGCAUUGUGAAGACGAAAAUUUCAAUAUGGAUGCUGACUACGACCCGAAACAAGCUCGUGCAAACUUACUAGAAGAGAUAAAGAGCACAUUGGGCAAGAAGCGGCGGAACAGGAAACGGAAGUCGAAGUUAGCGGAAAUUUUGGCAAUGGAGAAGCCGAAAUUCGUGCCAACGGUGGCAGACAAGACAUAUUCAGAAUACAUGGAAGAGUAUUAUAAGAUGGACUGUGAAGAUGUGAUUGGGGAUCUUCCAACCAGGUUCAAAUAUAGGGAGGUUGUGCCAAAUGACUUUGGACUGAGCGUUGAGGAGAUCCUCUUAGCCGACGAUAAAGAGCUAACACAAUGGGUGCCAUUGAAGAAAAUUGUUAAAUAUCGACCAGCUAAUGUGGAAAAGAGUGAGAUCAACACCUACGCUAGCAAAGCAGCUGAUGUUUCUCUCAAACGGAAAGUGUUGCCAAGUCUAUUCAAAGAUUUACCUGAGGACCCUGAUAUAGUAGUUCCUGUGGAAGAAGCUACCAAAAAGAAAAAGAAGAAUAAAAAGAAUAAACAAAAAGAUAAAGCAACUACUGAAACAUCUGAAACAAAUGAAAUUGAAAUCAAUGAAGAAGAUAAUGGAAAUAUAGUAAAACAGAAUGUGGAGAGUGCUCAGGCAAAUGGCGUAGUAGAAACAAAAAAUAAAAAGAAGAAAAAGAAAAACAGACAUUUAGAAGAUGGUAAUGAUAGUUUUGUAAAUGAAGAUGUUACAGAACAAGAAAAGUCAAAUAAACAUAAUGAUGGAGAGGACAAUGGUAGUGUAGAUAAUAGACAGACAGAAACUAACGAAGGUAAGAAAAAGAAGAAAAAGAAACUCAAAACAGGUGAUUUUGCUGUCGAAACAGUACACAAUGAGGCACCUAGUCAAACAAGUGAAGCGACCUUCGGAGAAGAUAGUAAUAAAAAUAAUUUGAAGAGAAAAUUGGACAAUUAUACUACAGUAGAAGAAGUAAAGAAAAAGAAGAAAAAGAAAAACAAAAUUAAUGCAGAUUCAAAGAACGAAGUACAAAACAAAAAGAGUCUAAAUUCAAAAUUCAAACAUAAAGAUAAAUUUAAAAAUAAAGAUGAAGCAUCUAAUAACCCUUUGAGUAAUUUGUCCGACGAACGACUGAAGGCGUACGGAUUAAAUCCGAAGAAAUACAGAGGUUACUUGAAGUACAAAAAAUAAAACUUCUUAUACCUACUUUUAUAAUUUCAACUGUACAUUAUGUAUAUUUAAAUUAAAUUUUAUAAUUUUACAUUUU